ACUUGAUCGAUCAGAUAAUAAAUCCGUAUGAAGACUCAACUUCCCAGAGUUCUCUGCGCCUCAGCGCUCCAGGCUGGACCUGUGGGACCUGGCAGUGUUGUGUUCAGCAUCCUGAUGGAGAGACGCUGAGCUCCGAGUCUCACCGGAGAGCUUCAUCAGUCUGAUCCACCCACUGUGUCCGAACCGAACCCCGAUUCCCAGCGGGUCCGGCGGGGGUCUGUCUACUUCCCUCUUACUGUCUUUGUUGUUGCGGACUGUGCGGGGAUGGAGGUUGCGGAGUGCGGGGUGUGCGGGGUGAAGGUGAUGUGCCGCUUCAGGCCGCUGAGUGACUCGGAGCGGAGCCGCGGAGACAAAUACAUCCCCAAAUUCAACGGAGAGGACACAGUGGUGCUGGCGGGGAAGCCGUAUGUGUUCGACAGAGUUUUUCCUCCGAACACUGAACAGAUUCAGGUGUAUGACACCUGUGCUAAACAGAUCGUCAAAGAUGUGUUGGGAGGAUACAAUGGAACCAUCUUUGCUUACGGUCAGACGUCGUCAGGAAAGACUCACACCAUGGAGGGGAACCUACACGACCCCCAUAUGAUGGGGAUCAUCCCCAGGAUCUCCAGAGACAUCUUUGACCACAUCUACUCCAUGGACGAGAACCUGGAGUUCCACAUCAAGGUCUCCUACUUUGAGAUCUAUCUGGAUAAAAUCAGAGACUUGCUGGACGUGUCAAAAACCAACCUGGCUGUUCAUGAGGAUAAAAACAGGGUUCCCUAUGUCAAGGGUUGCACUGAGCGUUUUGUGUCGAGUCCUGAGGAGGUGAUGGACGUGAUCGAUGAAGGAAAAGCUAACAGACACGUCGCUGUCACCAACAUGAAUGAGCACAGUUCUCGCAGCCACAGCAUUUUCCUGAUCAACAUCAAGCAGGAGAACGUGGAGACGGAGAUGAAACUGUCUGGGAAGCUUUAUCUGGUCGACUUGGCAGGCAGCGAGAAGGUCAGUAAAACUGGAGCUGAAGGUUCUGUGUUGGAUGAAGCGAAGAACAUCAACAAGUCUCUGUCUGCUCUUGGGAACGUCAUCGCCGCACUCAGUGAAGGAACGAAAACCCACGUCCCAUACCGAGACAGCAAGAUGACCAGGAUUCUUCAGGACUCUCUGGGAGGAAACUGUCGGACCACCAUCAUCAUCUGCUGCUCUCCGUCUGUUUACAACGAGGCUGAGAGCAAGUCCACCCUCAUGUUCGGUCAGAGGGCUAAAACCAUAAAGAACACGGUUUCUGUCAACCUUGAGCUGACUGCCGAGGAGUGGAAGAAAAAGUACGAGAAGGAGAAAGAAAAGAACAGAAGUCUGAGCAUCAUGAUCCAAAAACUGGAGAAUGAGCUGAAGCGCUGGAGGAAAGGUGAGUCUGUACCUGUGGAGGAGCAGCUGAGCAACAGAAGCAAGAAGAUCAGCACUGAGACGCCAGCAGUGAUCGAGAGCUUAGCCCCGCCCACCAUGCCUCUGUUGGAGGAGGAGAAGGCGCAGUACGAGACGCUCAUCACCAACCUCUACCAGCAGCUGGACGACAAGGACGAUGAGAUCAACCUGCACAGUCAGACGUCUGAGAAGCUCAAGCAGCAGCUGAUAGAGCAGGAUGAGCUGCUGCUGUCCAGGAACCAGGACUACGAGCGUCUGCAGGAGGAGCUGAGCCGGCUGCAGAGGGACAGCGAUUCAGCCAAAGAGGAGGUGAAGGAGGUGCUGCAGGCGCUGGAGGAGCUGGCCGUCAACUAUGACCACAAGAGCCAGGAGGUGGAGAGCAAGACGCGCUGCAACGAGCAGCUGAACGAGGAGCUGGCACACAAAACGGCGGGUCUGGAGGCCGUUCAGAGGGAGGUGUCCACCAUGCAGGAGCUCAGCGCUCACCACAAGAAGAGAUCUGCAGAGAUCCUCAAUCUGCUGAUCAGAGACCUCAGUGAGAUCGGCAGCGUCCUCGGAACCACAGAGCUCAAAGCUAUGGCUGAGAUGAGCGGCGUGAUGGAGGAGGAGUUCACCACGGCUCGUCUCUACAUCAGCAAGAUGAAGUCUGAGGUCAAGUCUCUGGUGAACCGCAGCAAACAGCUGGAGGUCAGCCUGACGGAGAACACCGGCAAGAUGGAGGUCAACGAGAAGGAGCUGAGCACCUGCCAGCUGCUCGUCUCUCAGCUUCAGGCCAAGUUGGAAUCCCUGUCUGCCGACCUGCAGAGGAUGGAGCAGAAGAAGAGGCAGCUGGAGGAGAGUCAGGAUGCUCUGAUGGAGGAGAUUGCUAAGCUACACGCUCAGGGUCAGAUGCAUGAGCUGACGGUGAUGGACAAAGAGAAAGAACACAUGAGCAGACUAAAGGAUGCUGUGGAGAUGAAGAGAACGUUGGAGGAACAGAUGGAGAACCACAGGGAGGUUCAUCAGAAACAGCUGAGCCGACUCCGCGAUGAGAUCGAGCAGAAGCAGAGAGACAACGACCUGCUCAAAGAUGUGAAUCAGGCCCUGCAGCUGGAGAACAGAAAACUUCAGUCUGACUUUGACAAGCUCAGAGCCGAGGACCAAAACAAGGAGCAAAGACUCCAGAAACUGCAGUUUCUGAAUGAGAAGAGAGAACAAGCCAAGGAGGAUCUGAAGGGCUUGGAGGAAACUGUGACCAAAGAGCUGCAGACUCUGACCAACCUUCGGAUCCAGUUCAUACAAGACAUCACGUCUCGAGUCAAGAACAGCUCAGAGAACGACAACGACGAGGCCGGAGGCAGUUUGGCUCAGAGACAGAGGAUCAUCUUCUUAGAGAACAACCUGGAGCAGCUCAGCAGAGUCCACAAACAGCUGGUGCGGGAUAACGCAGACCUGCGCUGCGAGCUGCCCAAGCUGGACCGGCGGCUGCGUGCCACCGCAGAGCGAGUCAGAGUGCUGGAAACGGCCCUGAAGAACGCCAAGGAGUCGGCUCUGAGGGACCGCAAACGGUACCAGCAGGAGGUGGACCGGAUCAAAGAGGCCGUCCGGUCCAAGAACAUCUCCAGGAGGGGGCACUCUGCUCAGAUUGCCAAGCCAAUCAGAGCCGGGCACCAGUACCAUCACUCAUCCUCCUCCCCAUCUAUUAAGCCGACCAUCAGAGGAGGGGGCGUGGCCUCCAGCCCUCGCCAUCACUCCUCCCGACAUCAAGCAGCUCAACAGCAACAACAGCUUCAGUACCCACAGUGAAACCACAAGGUACUCCAGAUAACAUCCUGACUCUGGAUCAGUUUUUUUUAUUGUUUGUUUCUGAACAUCUUUACUCAACUCUCCUGUCUUCACCAUUCUGCCUUUACUGGAAACACUCAUUUCCUCAACUUUCCUCUUUAGCAGCCAAUAAUAGUUUGAUUUGUUCCCUGAAUCAGAUCUUCUUCUGCCAGAAUAACAAAGCUGUUUGUUUUAGUUACUGUGACUCUGAUCCAUUCAUCUAAUUCAUCUAAUUCAACUUGUCUUUCUGCAGUAUUAAAACCUGAACUUUAGAAGACAGUAGCCUAAAGCUUCUGCUGCUGUUUUUUUCUUAAGUAUAAUCCAAAUAAUGCACAUUGAUGCAUCAAAGUACUAUACUAGAAGCAUUAUCUUUAAUCAACUUUGAACUGUUAGACACUUUCCUGACAAAAUUGAGAAAACAGAGUAUUUUCACCUCAGGUCUGAUUUUUUUGUAUUUGUCUUGAUUGAAAAACAAUAUUAGAAAUGACGUUUUUGGGGAUUUUUGAACCAGUCUUUGUCCUUCCAACAGCUAAUAAUAAUAAUAAUAAUAAUAAUAAUAAUAACAAUAAUAAUAAUAAUAAUAAUAAUAAUAAUAAUGCUUUUAAAUUGUAAUAUAAUUAAAAUAAACACUUUGCCUAGUCAUCUGAUUUUAAUUGUAUUUACACUAUAUAAACCUUUUCGGAAAACAAUACCUCAAAUAAUUUCAUCUAUUUGCACAUCAUUGAGUUAUGAGUUUACAGUGCUAUAAUAAUUGUUUUUUAAUCAUUUUUGCUGCCCUGUCUUGAGUUUCAAUUGUUCUUUUCGUGAAUGUUUAAACUUACCAGUCCAAGUGUUGCCUUUUUCAACAUUUUAUAUUUUAUUACUGGACAUUUUGAUACUUUUUUAUAUUAAUUUUUAAUUUCAUUGUUGUUGCUGGAGAAUUCCUCAGCUGCUCCUGACAGUUUCUACAAACGUUAAGUUUCUACAAACGUUUCUUUCAGAGAGAAUACAGUAAACGAAAUUCACCACAGCGCAUCAUGAGCUGGAUAGUGUCUGUUAGACCCGUGGUGUGUUUAUGUCUGUGGGAUUCAGAUGUUAUGGAAGUGUUGUGCUGUAUUUGCUAUUUCUGGUAUUUGUAGUCACAAUCACUGAUUUUCAAUGAUUGUAUUUAUUUUACUGCAUUUAUUUCACUAACAUAAUUGAACUUUGUCUAUUCUACUGUAAUUAUUUUUUGUAAUUAUUGAACAUUACUGCAUCAUGGUAUUAUUUUUAAGUUGUUUUUUUUUUUUUUUUUACUGGAGUUGGAUUACAAUUUUUUCCCUGUAAUGUUUAAUCAUUUAAUGUUAAGUCAUUUUUCAUAUUUAUUUUCUUCUAUGUAUUGUACUGUAUUUUCAAUUAUUUUUUACAUUUGUAUCUUACUUACUAUAUUUAUUUUACUGAAUUUUUACAGUUUUUUUGUGCAGUUUUUCAUUGCAGGCCCAUUUUAAACUAAUAGCUGAUAUUUCUAUUAUAGAUGUCAAAUCAUUAUUUUUCCUCCAGUGUUUAAAGCACAAUCUUCUGGCCUCUUCAAUUACAAAAAUAAAGUGUUACUGAUGUCAAAUA